ACUAAACAGAAUGUGUUUAACGCCAUGCGCGUUUGUCUCGAUUCGCAAUAUUCUUUUUUUUUUCUUUUUUUGCACGCAUUCUAUCGUCGAUAACGCAGAAGAUAGUAUCGGAAUACGCCUAAUCUUAUCGAGCACGGCGAACGCAUACUGCGACACACAGUUUUGCAAAGUUUUGCGCAACACGCCCUUUUCCUCGAAGCGUGUUUUACAUGAACAAGCGUCGAAAUAAAAUGUGCUUUUCAAGGAAACAUGUGUAUGAUGUACUUGAACGCGCGUGAUGAGGUGUAAUUCAUAAUCUAACGUGUUUGUGAUAGCGGUCAGUUGUCUGCUUGACUUGGUUCGCGACAGUUCUCCGUCCACCUGAUUAGGAAAUCUCCACGCCAGUAGCGAGUGUUGAAUAGUCGGCAGGACGAAUUUUCAUCAAUUAAAUCUACAGAAAUUGAGACAGAAAAAUGUCCGGCGAGGCGGCGCACAUUCGCGAGCUGGAGUCGGUGCUGCGAAAGGGUCUGGGCAAUCACGAGCUGCAGCUCGUCGAGUACAGCUGCAGGCCGCUGAUGCCUCUCGGCGAGAACUACGCGAGCGUCGUGCUGAAGGUCGACGCGACGAUUCGUCCCCGCGAGAACGCCAAAACCGAGUCGCUUCAUCUGGUGGCCAAGACGGUCAACGCCACGGACAAGACUGUGGUCACCUGGUCGGAGCUGCUGCCCAAGGAGGUCUUCGCUUACAAGCGAGUCCUGCCGGCCUACAGGCAGCUCGAGCGCGAAGCGGGUGUGGCGGAGAGCGACUUGAUCGACGUCGCGCCGGCUUACUACGGCUCGCGGAUGUCGCUGGACCCGAGACAGCCCGAUCUCGCGGACGACGACUCGCUGCUUCUCGUGGAAAAUCUCUGCACGAGAGGAUACUACAAUUGCAACAAAGCCGAAGGCACCGACGCGGAGCACGCCGUCAAAGCUAUGACGGAGUUGGCGAGAUUCCACGCGAUCGGCAUAGCGAUGAAACAAAAGAAGCCGGACUUGUUUCGAGAGAUCGUCGAGCGGUCGCGCAAAGCCGGAAUCGACUGGGGCCAGAUGGACGAGGCCUAUCGGAUCUUGCUGGACGAUUUCCGCACGCAGCUGCACGACGAGCUCAAGGCCAACCUAGCCGUGAUCGAGGAACGCAUAGCUUUCUCGAUGGGUGGCAAGGCCUACAGCGAGGAACCCAGCGAGCCCUGGGCUACGAUCUGCCACGGCGAUUUCUGGCUCAACAACAUGCUGUUCCACAAGGACGAGGCCACGGGCCAGGUCGACGCGGUCAAGUUCAUCGACUAUCAGAUCUAUCCGUACGCGAGUCCGCUCAAGGACGUGGCCUUCUUCGUCAACUCCUGCCUGAACGAGGAGGCGUACGAGCGCGACACCGACGAGAUCGUCGACGCCUACUACAGCCAGUUCGUCAAGUGGCUGCAGCGGCUGAGAUGCAACGUCGGGCCCUACACGCGGGACGCCUUCGACGAGGAGCUGAGACGGCAGGCCUUGAGGGAGUUUCCGCUGUGCGCCGUGGCGGUCAAGUUCUUCGACAAGUCGAUCGCCAAGCCCAAGGGCGAGGCCCAGGAGACCAGUACCGAUCUCAUGCAGCGGAUCAUCGGCAGCAAGUUGAACGAGCGCUGCGUCGAGCGCAUCCUGAGACUGUACCGAUUCUACGUGAGCAAGGGAUGCGACGGCGACGGCAUCGACGGCGUAUUGCCAAUUCUCAAAAGGUACUGGCGAACAACAAUGACCGGCGACUGCGGACGAUUCGUCGAGUCGACGUUGACGAGGGAUCAGCUGCCGAAACAAGCCCCGAAGCAGCAGCCGAAACAACAACAACAGCAACAACAAAGAAUCGACGUUCGCUACCUCGAGUCGCUGCUCAGGCAGUGCCUCGACAGCGAGUCGCUCGUGCUGCUCGACCGGAAGAUCUCGAGCCUCGUGCCGAUCGACGAGAGCUACGGAAGUCUCGUGCUGCAGAUCGAGGCCAAGGUGCGCAAUUUCGACGAGAGCCAAAGCGAGACUGUGCUGCACCUCGUAGCCAAGACACUGAACAAGUCCGAUCGGCCCUACUUCGACUUCGCCCGAUGCAUGAAGAAGGAGGCCUACGUGUAUCACGAGCUCAUGCCGGUCUAUCGCCAAUUGGAGCGCCAGAUGGACGUGCCCGAGGACGAGCUGAUCGAUAUACUGCCGCGCUAUGUGGGCCAUCGAUUCAGCCUCGGGGAUCGAUUGAGCAGCGACCGAGUCGACGAUGACGCCGUGCUGCUCAUGGAGAACCUCUGCCUCAAGGGCUUCUACACGUGCGAUCGAAUUCUAGGCAUGGACAAAGCUCACGCCGGCAAAGCUUUGGAGGCGCUGGCGCGCUACCACGCGCUCGGCAUCGCGUUGAAGCAGAGGCGGCCGGAUUACUUCGAGUCGCGGGUCGUGGCGCACGCGCGCAUCAACAGCCGCGACUACUCCCAGAUAGACGAGGGUCUCGACAGUAUUUUACGGAUGUUCCACGACGCCGAGCUGGAUUAUCGGAGCCUACUGGAGCGCCAGUUGCCAACGAUACUGGAACGCUUCGAGGCUUACCGGGGCGGAAAAACGAACGCGGCGAGGCCGAGGGAGCCCUGGGCCACCGUCACGCACGGCGACUUCUGGCUGAAAAACGUGCUCUACCGCAAAGACGAUAAGGGCGCCAUCAAUGACGUGAAGCUGAUCGAUUACCAGGCCUAUCUGUUCAAUAGCCCGUUGAAAGAUUUGCCGCACUUUCUCUACAUGGGCUUGGACGAUCGGGCGAGGGAGCGCGACUUCGACGCCCUCGUAGACCUCUAUUACGACGAAUUCUUGAAGAAUUUGAAGAGGCUGGAGAUCGACGCGAGUCCCUUUACGAGGCCGGCCUUCGACGAGGAGCUGAAGAGACAGGCGCUCGACGAGAUGCCGAUGAUGAUACUGGUCUUCAAGUUUUACGUGCACGACUUGAAGGGCAAAUACGAGAACAGCUCGGAACUCAUGCUCAAUGUUUUUCGCAGCGACUGCUGCAGGAAGCCGGCCUUUCGCGAGCGGCUGCUGCACAUCGUGCGCUUCUACGAGGAUCGAGGUUGGCUGUGAUGACGAUGAUGAUGAUGAUGAUAUAAUACU